CCGAUGAACUUUUUAGUGUUGUUGAUCAGAAGUGAAAUGUUUCGAGAUUUCUGAUCAAAUUUAGCAUCGUUUUUGAGAUUAUUUGAAGACCUCUAGGUGGUUGCCUGGUCUACGAAGAUGGCUAACUACCAUUGGCAAAGUAAGGGGACAGCAAAAUCCAGUGGGGUUGAAGAUAUGGUUUUGCUGCCCAAAAUACAAGAAUCGUCUAUCGUCGAAAAUUUGAAGAAACGUUUUAUGGAUGAUCUUAUAUACACAUAUAUUGGUGAUGUGCUCAUUGCUGUCAACCCUUUCAAGCAGCUAUCUUACUUUACUGAGAAGGAGAUCUACCAGUACCAGGGGGCUGCAACCUAUGAAAACCCUCCUCAUAUUUACGCUCUGGCUGACAGUAUGUUCCGCAAUAUGUUGAUUGAUAUUGAAAGCCAUUGUGUUAUCAUAAGUGGAGAGAGUGGAGCUGGUAAAACUGUGAGUGCCAAAUUCAUCAUGAGUUAUCUUGCAAAAGUGUCUGGUGGUGGUCCUAAUGUCCAGAGAGUGAAAGAUGUUAUCCUAGAAUCGAAUCCACUGCUAGAAGCUUUUGGAAAUGCAAAAACAGUGAGGAAUAACAACUCUAGUAGAUUUGGGAAAUACGUUGAGAUUCAGUUUACAAGAGGCGGUGAGCCGAUUGGUGGAAAGAUUUCAAACUUUCUACUGGAAAAGUCUCGUGUGGUUUUACAAAAUCCCGGUGAAAGAUCAUUUCAUGUAUUUUAUCAAAUUUGUGCUGGAAGCUCUACUGAAGACAAAGAAAUGCUUGGUGUAUCGGACGCAAGUUAUUUUUAUUAUCUAAAUCAAAGUGGAACAUAUGAUGUCGAGGGAACUGAUGAUAAGAAAGAAUAUGAAGAAACUAGGGUGGCUAUGGAUACUAUGGGCAUUAGUCUUGAGGAUCAGGCAACUGUAUUUCAGUUGGUUGCUGGUAUUUUGCAUAUGGGGAAUAUUAGUUUUGUAGAAGAAGGCAACUAUGCUAGACCAGAAAAUGAUGAAUAUUUAGAAUAUCCUGCGUAUUUAUUUGGUAUCCAAAGCAGUGCUCUUCGAGAGAAAUUGAUAAGUCGAGUCAUGGAUAGUAAAUGGGGUGGCAAGUCAGAAAUCAUUAAUAUGACCUUGAAUGUUGAACAGGCAACCUACACCAGAGAUGCAUUAGCGAAGGCGUUGUAUUCAAGAAUAUUUGAUUAUUUAGUCAUGCGUGUUAACAUGGCAAUGAAAACAGAUAAAGAAGAGAUUAAUAUUGGUAUCCUAGAUAUUUAUGGUUUUGAAAUAUUCGAGAGAAACGGUUUCGAACAGUUCUGUAUCAAUUUUGUAAACGAAAAACUCCAACAGAUUUUCAUCGAAUUGACGCUAAAAGCUGAACAGGAAGAAUACAUUCAAGAAGGCAUCAAAUGGUCUCCUAUUGAUUAUUUCAACAACAAGAUUGUAUGCGAUCUCAUUGAAGCCAAGAGACCACCUGGUAUUAUGUGUGUUCUGGACGAUGUGUGUGCUACAAUGCAUGCUCAAGGAGAAGGUGCUGAUAUGAAACUCUUGCAGAAACUUGAAGGUGCUGUUGGAUCUCACCAGCAUUUCAAUGGCUUCAGUUCGGGAUUCACCAUCCAUCAUUACGCUGGCAAGGUGACUUACGAGGCGAAUGGAUUCUGUGAAAGAAACAGAGAUGUUCUGUUCAAUGAUUUGAUUGAGCUGAUGCAAAGUAGUACAAGGUUUAAUCAAGGUUUUUCUGGGGUGCUUUCAUCGCUAAAUUCGCCCAGACAAGAUUUCCCAAAAGUUCAGAUUGAAGCAGAAUCCUCCAUGCAACGGACUCUCAUUCUUGAAUUUCAGUCACCUUCGAGUAUUUACAAUGAAAUGCGAUUUUUUUCUCAGACUCAAGCAAACCAGCUGGUGGACAGGCUGACCAAGUGCACCCCGCAUUACAUUCGUUGUAUUAAACCUAACGAAACGAAGAAAGCGAGGGAUUGGGAAGGAGAUCGAGUGAAACCAUCAGGAUAUUUGGGUUUGGAGAAUAUUCGUGUGAGGAGAGCAGGCUUUGCUUACAGAAGAGAAUUUGAUAAAUUCUUGAUGAGAUACGCCAUCUUAACGCCAGAGACAUGGCCACAUUGGAGGGGGGAUGUGAAGCAAGGUAUCGAACAUAUGAUGAAUUCAGUUAAUAUGGAAAGAGAUCAGUGGCAAAUGGGAAAGACUAAGGUCUUCAUUAAAGCUCCUGAAUCGUUGUUCUUAUUGGAAGAAGUUCGUGAGAGGAAAUUCGACACUUACGCUAGGACGAUACAGAAGGCAUUUCGACAAUACAGAAUGCGCAAAUUCUUUGUUGAUCUUAAACAACAAGCCUCUGAUAUUCUGUAUAUGAAGAAACAACGACGAAGGCUGACCCUAAAUCGUAACUUUGUUGGUGAUUACAUUGGCUUCGAUACCAAUCCGGCAUUAAGAGCACUAGUAGAAAAACGUGAACGAAUAGAAUUUGCCAUCACCGCUACUAAAUAUGACAGAAGAUUCAAGCCCAGCAAAAGAGAUUUAUUGUUAUCAAGCAAGCAUAUUUAUCUCAUUGGGAGAGAAAAAGUCAAAAAAGGUCCCGAAAAAGGCAAGGUUUUUGAAGUCGUUAAAAGAAAGUUGGAACUUAAUCAAAUUGGAAAAGUCUCUCUUAGUACGUUACAAGAUGAUUUCGUUGUACUUCACGUUCCUGGGGAAUACGAUACGGUCUUUGAGACUGUCUUUAAAACAGAACUUCUCACAGUACUCACAAAGAAAUACGAAGCUGAAGUCGGCAAGACUUUGACUAUAGAUUUCCGUGACAGUAUUACCGUGACCGUGAAGAAAGAGGGCUGGGGAGGAGGCGGAACACGCACGUUGGCGUUCACGUGCGCAGGUCAAAGUGAUUUCUCCACACUUGCUCCGUCAAGUAAAACUCUGAAGAUUACCAUCUGUCAAGGCUUGUCUAAGGAUACACGUCCUGGUCUUCGUCAGACUAGUAGUAAUCCAUCUAAUAAACCACACCGUGCAGCUCCAAGCGGACCACGCCAGUCUGGUGGUCAGGAAAGACGAUAUAGCGGAUCACUAAAACGUUACUCCGUGGCAGGAAACCAGGCUCAUCCGAAUCUACCGAAGUCUGGAGCCCAACACAAAGCUAAACGUGGCUCUAAUGUUAACCCUAAUGCGCAGUUUAUGCAGACACCAGAAUCUGGGGCUUGUGGGAUCAGUCGUAAUAUCUCUGGAAAGCUCGGCAACUCGAAGCGCCCACCUGCCCCGGGCAGACCGAAGCCAAAGCCUGGUCUCCCGCCAAAGCCUUCCCUCCCACAAUGCCGUACUCUCUACGCAUAUGAUGCUCAAGAUACUGAAGAAUUAAGUUUCAACGCUGGAGAGAUUGUCGAUAUUUUGAAAGAAGAGGACUCUGGCUGGUGGACGGGUCGCCUGCGAGGGAAGGAAGGACUAUUCCCUUACAAUUACGUUGAAAAAAUUUAACUCAACCUCGCUCACAAG